AUGGCUGAUAAUGAGAACAUACGAGAAGCAAUAAUCAGGUCACUGUUCUCGAAGCAGUAUGCUGAUGGAUCCCUCGACGAGACCUACAUCGCACAUCUCCUAAUCCAAGAGGUUGUCGCUGGCGAAACAGAGGCAAAGACGCGGUGGUUGCUGUUAUCUAUCAAUCGAAGCGGUCAAGGUCUGGUACAUAAGUCAAAGGAGAACAGCAACGGGACAUUCUCCGUUGGAAAGACGUGGAAGCUUGAGGAGUUGCAGGCAGUUGAGGCACAUACGGCCAUCUCCUUUUCACUCAAGUUCUCUCGUCGAUAUAAAUGGACCACUAUCAACGAGCGUGAUCAAGCGUUGUUCUUAAGUGCUGUCAUCGACUCAUACCGACGAGUAACCGGAGGGAGGCCCCUAACCAUUGUUGGCGUGGGUAUAGGGCAACAGUCGCAAUCUAAUGGACGCUCAUCCUUAGAUGAGCGUAGCUCCGCACGCUCCGCCAGUCCGCAAUUCUCCACCUCCGCUGCAUCUCCUUCAAUGCGUCCUGUUUUGGGCGGUGAGCGUCAAGUUUCGAAUAGCAGCUAUGCCUCAGGCAUGAACGGCUCCGUGUCCGCCGGCCCUCCGAGUCGGCAACAAUAUCGUCCUCCUCCACCGUCAUCGCUCAGAGCGGAAAGCCCUGCAUUUCCAGAUUCUCGCAACGCGCUGAUCGCCCUACAAAUCCCUCAGUAUCCUACCGCACCGUCUUCAUACAGUUCUCGUGCAAGUCCCUCUCCCGCAUUUGGUACUCCAUCUCAGGAUGCUACUUCCUCAGCCGUUAGUCGCCGAGCUCGUCCGUCGAUUGAUGAUACGAGCAGUCAGCGAUCGGCAUCCCGCAAUGGUCGACGGUCGGUGGACGAACCGCAGACCGCACAGCCGUCUAGCUCUCGACAAGGCUCGCGACCGUUCCAAGAAAAUGGUUAUGGUCGACCUCCUAUGCCGAAGGCUCCAUCGCGCGAGCAGUUGUACGAUGAAGUCGGGUCAUCUCGACCAGCAAUGCCACGCAAUCCUUCAAGACCGUCCAUAGACACCGGUUCUCGCUCAGCAACUCCAGACAUGCGGCGCGCUCCCACUCCGGGAGACCGUCGUGCCCCCACGCCAUCCCGACCUCUUGAGCCGGGACUUUCCGUAUCAGCCAGUGGCUCCCAACUGGCUACCCCAGUGUACAGCGCCUCGACAACACGUGCGGCAUCACCAGCUAAACAACCCGAGGAACGGACAACGUCACGUAAAGAGACAUCUGUCUCUCGUAUAUCCGUAUUCGACCCAGCGAAUCAAGCGACGCUAGAACGGCUAUUGUCAAUGAAUGUCCCAGAAGAAGGCGAGGGAAUACUACCGAGAGAGGACGGAGAAGCUACGUUGGCCAACGUGGAGGAACUGCUAGAUGGAUAUGAGUGGUCCAUGGGUCCUGUGGGAGAGGGGAAGAAGAAAGGUGGUGCGGCGGAUAUGAUGGAAGCGAGGCUUAUGGAUGAGCUUUUGGCGUUGGAAAAGGCGAACGUCCACUCUUUCGUCGAAUCCGACGACCGCAUACAGCUGGUCAUGGGUUUCCUGGAUGACGCGAUCCGAGAACUAGAUGAUAUGGAAAUGAUGGUACAGUCAUACAAGAUUCAACUGAAUGGUGUGAGCGACGACAUCAGCUUUAUUCAGUCUCAAAAUCGUGGGUUACAAGUACAAACUCAGAAUCAACGAGCGCUCCUGGGAGAGCUCGAGCAGCUACUGCAAACCGUCGACGUCGAUAGGGAAGCGUUGGUUGCGCUCACGCAGGAGUCUCUUGAGAAGCCUGCGGGUAUCACACAUCUGGAGAAGGCUGCUGCUGAGUUGUACAAGGCACUUCUAGCCGGGCGUGAAAAUGAAAUGGCGGCAACUAUGGAACGUCUGCAGGAAUAUCAGACUCACAACAGCCAGUUCUGCAAACGUAUAUCUGAUUUUCUUACUAUCAUGUUCCAGUUUCAGUCCGAUAGGCUCCUUAAUGAUAAGGAUCGUGUGAUGGACAAGGCACGACCAAAGCUAUCUUCACACCAACCUAUGGAAGACUAUCUUGGCCGAUACUGCGGUUUGAUGCUUUAUUUGAAGGAAAUGGACGAGGAUCGUUAUUCCCAGGUUUGCGCAGCGUACUUUACUGCUUCGAACACACUUCAUAUGAAGGAGAUGAAGACGUUUUUACCUUUGCUCGUCGCAAGAAUUCGAAAAGGCGUGGAUGACGAUAAUUUUUCUGCCGAGGUACCGCAAACGGCUGGAAUGUCUGUACGUCGUAUGGGCACCCUCCGGUCCCCACUCGACCGAAAACGAGAAAAGGAGCCUGCAAAUGGAGAACUAAAAGCAGCAGACGCGUUUACCCGAGCCCUCAAUCAGAUCUCAACCCAAAUCUCUCGAGAAGAAGAAUUCUUAGCCGACUUCUUGCAAAUCAACGACUUCUCACUGACAUUUUCGGAUUACAUGAAAUUGGAGAACUACUAUCGACGACAGGCUGCUAAGUAUGCCAGCCUUAGUCCAGGGACAAUCAAAUUGGUUCGGGAAGGCAUGGACCUAAUCUUUGGGUUCUUACCUGGUGAGCUGAAGCUAUGGGUGGAAGCCGCGAUGCGGCGCGAUAAUCUCCAACUUCCCGGGAUGAUAUUCAGUCUUGAACGUCUUCUGCAAGAAGUGGAAGAUGCAGGCAAAGCUUUCUUCCAUCGUUUAUUAGAAAAACAACAUCGCCGAAUGUACCAGAUGUACGAUCGUAUGAUUGAUGAGCAGAUUAAAGCAAUCGAACAAACGAAGCUCACAACGAAGAAGCGUAUUGGCGCCGCUCACUUCAUCAAGUACUUCCCGGUGUUCGUCAGCCGGGUUGAAUCUCAACUAGUGGGGUGCGAGGGGAUGGAGAUCCGUAACAAAGUAGACGGUUCCUAUGAACGCCUCGUGACCUCCAUGUUCGAAUGUUUGCAACAAAUGGCCAAGCUCGAUGGAGGAGAUUCGCAGGCUGCCGAAGACAAGGGCCAGCUGAACUACCACGUCAUCAUGAUUGAGAACAUGUCUGCAUUCAGAUCAGAUAUGUCUCAGCUUGAAGUGAGCUCAACCCGUCAGUUCGUCAGUAGAGCCGACGCCGCAUAUCAAGAGAAUCUGGAGGCAUAUCUGCGCCUUAUUUUGCGCCGCGCUUUCAAUCGUCUCAUGGUAUUUUUUGACGGAGUCGAAAAGACACUACAGGUCUCAUCUCCUCAGGAUGUGCUCACCAAUUCCGCCUUCAACAAGUCUAGUCUCAAGCGAGUAGUAAAAGACUUCGACGCUAAAGAUAUGCGGAAGAUAGUUGAUGCGCUAUUCAAGCGUGUCCAGAAGCAUUUUGACACUGCUGAAGGAACUGCUGGCACUAAAGGCGAAACAAGUGGUGGUUCUGAUCCAAUUUUGCCCGGAGUCUGGAAAGCAUGCGAAGAGGAGAUGGUCCGUCAAACGGAACGCUUCUACAAGCUCAUCAGGGCCGUCUACGCUGACACUGGGAUCUCCCUGGAAUAUACCAUUCAAGAUAUCCAGUCGGCUUGCAGGCGCCAACAGGUAUCUUGAGCCAAGUCCUGGUAGUUUCUUGAUCACGACUGUACGAUCUCUAUGUAUCCAUAUAUUCAUGAUACCACUCGUCUACAUUGCUAGAGAACCGGUCAAUGUGAGCAAAA